AGAACUCAUCACGAAAUGCUUGCAACAGUUCUUGGGAGCGAAGAAACAUCCAAAGAUUCCAUGGUAUACAGUUACAAACAUGGGUUCUCUGGAUUUGCGGCGAAGAUGACAGAGGCUCAAGCACAAAAACUCUCAAAAUUACCUGGCGUGGUUCAUGUCACACGCAAUCGAUUUUAUAAGCCGCAAACAACCAGAAGCUGGGAUUACCUUGGACUCUCUUCGAGUUCUCCAUCCAAUCUUCUGAAUAAAAGCAAAAUGGGAAAUGGUGUUAUCAUCGGUCUACUUGAUACAGGGAUAUGGCCAGAAUCAGAAGUUUUCAGUGAUGAAGGUUUGGGACCAAUCCCAUCUCGGUGGAAGGGAGUUUGUGAAUCAGGAGAGCACUUCGAUGGUGCAAAAGCCUGCAACAGAAAAUUGAUAGGAGCUCGUUAUUUUAUCAGUGGACUUGAAGCUGAGUAUGGACAGCCAUACAACUCCAGUGAAAACGAUGAUUACAUGUCCCCAAGAGAUCCAGGUGGACAUGGAACACACACAUCUUCAACUGCAGGUGGCUCCUUUGUGGACAAUGUCAGCUAUUAUGGGCUAGGUCCUGGGACAGUGAGAGGUGGUGCACCGGGGGCUCGGCUAGCUAUGUACAAAGUGUGUUGGCGUUUGGAUGGAGGAGUAUGUGCCGAUGCUGAUGUGCUGAAAGCCUUUGAUGAAGCAAUACAUGAUGGUGUGGAUGUGUUAUCAGUGUCUCUUGUCGCUGAUAUUCCUUUGUAUUCUGAGGUUGACCAACGUGGUUCCAUUCCUAUUGGAUCAUUUCACGCUGUGGCCAAAGGGAUUACUGUUGUUUGUGCAGCAGGGAAUGCAGGUCCAAGAGCUCAAACCGUACAGAACACAUCACCAUGGAUUUUGACUGUAGCAGCAAGCUCUUUAGACCGGUCUUUUCCCACACCAAUUAUGCUGGGGAACAACCAAAGCAUAAUGGGUCAAGCCAUGUUCACUGGAGAGGAUACAGUGUUUGCAACACUGGUGUAUCCUGAAGUCUCAGAUCUCAUGGUUUCACGUAAUUGUGAAUCUCUCUCGUCAAAUGAUGAUUGGAUGGCCGAAAAAGUGGUGCUUUGCUUUGCUUCAGACUACAAUCAGAGUUUGUUAGAUAAAGGUAUAUGGUCUGUCAAAGAGGCUGGUGGUUUGGGAGUGAUUAUCGUUAGGAGUUCAAGUGACUACUUUUAUUCAUAUGCUACUGACUUCCCAUGUGUUCAAGUAACCUAUGAAACUGGAACUCAGAUACUCUAUUACAUCCGAUCCACAAGCAAUCCCCAAGUAAGACUGAGCCCGUCAAGAACCCAUAUUGGCAAGCCCGUGUCAACCAAUGUGGCGUACUUCUCAUCUCGAGGGCCCAGUUCCAACGCCCCUGCUAUACUUAAGCCAGAUAUAGCGGCUCCAGGCGUUAAAAUAUUAGCUGCAAUCCCUCCCUUUGAUCAACCAACAAAUGAAGCAUACGCUUUUCUCUCAGGAACAUCCAUGGCAACUCCCCAUGUGUCAGGAAUUGUUGCCCUGCUGAAAUCAUUGCACCAGGAUUGGUCCCCUGCUGCUGUUAAAUCAGCAAUUGUCACCACUGCAAUGACUGCCGAUCAAUCUGGAGGACCAAUUUUUGCUGAGGGAGAACCACCAAAGCUUGCUGAUCCUUUUGAUUUUGGAGGUGGAAUUGUAAACCCAAACCGUGCAGCAGAUCCUGGCCUAGUCUAUGACAUGGAUACAGAGGAUUAUAUUAAAUAUCUUUGCGCCAUGGGCUACAAUGACUCUGCUAUCUUCCAGCUCACGGAACAUGAAAUAGCUUGCCCCGCUAAACAGCCCUCUAUUCUGGACGUAAACCUCCCAUCCAUAACUAUCCCAAGCCUCAGAAAGACAACAACUCUUACCAGAACAGUCACGAAUGUUGGACCUCUUAACUCCAAAUACAAGGCCAAUGUUGAGUUCGUAUCUGGCAUAAAUAUAACAGUGAGACCCGAAACAUUGAUCUUCAACUCUAAGACGAAGACCAUCUCCUUCUCUGUGAUGAUUUCAUCUGCCUUCAACGUAAAUGCCGGAUACUACUUCGGAAGCCUGACUUGGACAGACGGGGUGUAUGUAGUAAGAAGUCCAAUAUCUGUGAGAACUGAGGUUGGAAGCAGUUCUUUCUGAUGAUAGAAAGUUGAAACACCU